AAUCGCUACAGGUAUUCCACAUAGAUAUGCCGGGUUGAAAGGUCAUCAAGUAUAAAAAUCCACGUUUCAAAAAAAUGAUAAAAAUGUAGUUGAAGCAAAAGGAUAUUAAAAAAUGCGAGAAAGGACAUUUUCCGGUAUACAUUUUAUACACAAAUAAGUAAGAAAAGGCGGAAGCAAUGAAGUUCAAGUGUACACGUUUGUUACCGGUGUUUCUCUUCAUCAAUAUUUAUGUAUUGUCUUUCAAUGGAGCUGUGGCAAAAACCACAACUAGAAUUUCAACUGGUUUAAUAUCACCGCAACCUUCUACAAUCACUGUUUCAUCAGCAAAAUCUACCUCAUAUACAGCUACAUCUGUAAUCCACACAACACCAAGCAAUGCCACUCAUACCAAUGAAAAUAUCGUUAUUUCAACCGAACAGACUACGACGAACGAUUCAAGUAUCGAUAACAAUUAUACAAACAAAGUAACACCUUCGUCGAUAUCGGACAAUCAAGUCGAGGUAACUGGUGUUCCGACAGCAAAACCGGGUGCUAAUAUGACAGUCGUGGCAGCUCAAAAACCCAUAACUGCGCAAACGACUUUGACUGCAAACAGUCCGACAGAUAAAACAACAAUGCAAUCGACAAGUGUUCCAACAACAAUAACCAGUACUUCGACAGAAACAUUAACAAGUUCUACACCGUCGACUUCCGCUUCGACAACACCAAUUACAUCGCGACGUUCAACAGCAAGUUCGACAUUAUCGACUCCUUCUAUAACACCAACUACUUCGCUAGGUUCAAUAACAAUUUCUGCAUUGUCGACUCCUACUACUACAAUUCCAACAACAGCAGCAACAACAACAAGACAAAGUACAGCAGCAGCAACAACAAGACCAAGUACAGCAGCAGCAACAACAAGACCAAGUACAGCAGCAGCAACAACAAGACCAAGUACAGCAGUUGUAAACAGCCAGACACCUAAAAAUUCAUCCAAACCUUUAACGACAAGAAACACAACGAUUGAAGCGAACACAGCAGAAUCAACAACCGUUACUACACUGAACACUACAGUAAUAACAACUCCCAGUGUUGAAAAAAUUACGACAACAAAUAUCUCAACAACUGUUAAUAGUUCGUCGCCGGCAAGUACUGUGCUAUUAUCUUCCAAAAGAACGACAUCAUCGACGACCGGAAUUUCACCGACAGCUACAAGUUCGACUGAAGCAAGCACUGCAAGAGCUACCAAACCACAACAUGAUAGCCAGGGGAAGUCGAGUGGGAUGAGUAAAGGUGGCCAAGCGGCUCUUGCAAUCUUCAUUAUACUUGUUGUGGUGGCCAUUGCAGUUGUAAGCGUACUGUUUUACAGAAGGAGGUAUGGCAGUCUCCGAGAUCGGUGGGACACUCUGAGACCUAAUUCUGCGGUGGCAUAUAAAAGAUACACAGACGAUGAAGGAAUAAAAAUGGGGGUUUACGGAAACUGAAUAUUGUAUCCAUGAUAACUUUGAAAGCUUGAAUUUUUCAUAUACUAUUGGAACUAUUAUUUCCGGCUUAUAAUGUACAAUUCACCGAACUAACAGUUGUUUAUGAAAGAAUUCUGUGACGUCUGCACAAAUGUUACAAUUUGAUAUUGAAACAUUCUUGGUAUACUUUUGCAUUUGAAUGAGGCAUUUUUUUUUCUCUUGCGUUCUCGCAGAGUGGUGCCAGGGUUGCAUGCCAAGAUCCGUAUUAGGAAUUUUUUUUUGCAGAAAGAUCAAUAAGUGUUUGUGUAUGAGUGUGUGUGUUUGUGUUCUUGAGAGAAAUGCUUAAUUUCUAACAGCUAUUCCACCUUAAUUGACUUGAACUGGACCUUUUAACCUUUAAAGAUCAUUCAAGUCUUGUCUUAUUUUUUCUGUUGAAAAUGAUGGUAUGAUAUAUGCUGUUAAUUUGCACACAGAAGUUCUUAAUCGAGUACAUCUCUAUGGAGACCGCUAUUUCUACUGACGAGUAUUGCUUUGGUUAUUGUUUAUAUGCACUGUAUUUUUAUGUCGAGUUUGUUAUGUUUUAUAUGUGUAUAUCGAGCAUGCAGGAAUCCAAGAUUCUGGCGUAUUUAGCCUUGAUUUAUCAUACCCAAUUAGCUUUAAGGAGUUUUUUUGUUUAUAAAUAUGGUAUAUUUUCCCCCAGUAUUCAGAAUCUGUUGAUAACUAAAAUAACUAGUUAAUUUCAUAUUCAUCUCCAUAAUUUAAUUUUAAUUUUAUGACAGCUUUUUAAAUCAUGAGAAGCUCCUUACAGUUCGUGUGUUUUGUGUUUGUCUUAAAAAAAACUUUGGUUUUUGCAAAUUUUUGUCUUACUAUUUUUUUAAAGAGUUUUUGUGAAAACGAACAAUUUUUUGUUUUAUUUCUCAAAUUGCUGUCACAUAACCCUAUUCGAAUUCAUUACCUACUAUAGGUAUGGUUAAUACAAUAAAAACUGUGGUCGCACAUACAGAUGAAGUUUGUCUAAGUUUCCAAAUGGCAUUGCCAUGGAUUUUAGAGUCAUGCAAGCAUAUUGUUACUGUGUUCUAUGUUGUUGUAACGAUAGCCGAUUACAGGUUACAUGUGUGCCAUAUAUCAAAAAAAUAAUGGAACCUCUUAACAUAGACAGAAUUCCAAUUCAUAAAAUAAACUUCGACGUCUCAAAUGUAUAACUGUAUACUCAUAAACAUUUUUAGUUGACGUUCGAAUUUUUUUUCCAGAUUUGAUUUUGUCUGGAAUAAAUAACCUAUCUUAUUUUAUCCGUUGAUCUGAGAUGAAAUUUUAUGUUAAAAUAUGCACAGUUAAUUUAAAGGGCGAUAAAACAGUUGAAAGACAUUUUUCACUUUUUAUGGUCCUAAAGUGAAGAAAAAUUCAUGAUUUUUUUAAUAUAUAAUAGUUUAAAAAUAAAUUAAUUUGCAAGGACACGUCUGA